UGCCAAAUGUCUCCCAGACGGCGGUAUGGUAGCUUUAGCUUACUGUUUGAAAAACGUGGUCUUACGGCAAAUUUUAUACAGAUAUAAGCGAUCCUCAAUAUGGUGUUCCCCUCGAUUAACAUCCACUGACAUUGUCGCAGCGCAGUGUGGUAGCCAGUUACGUAAUAUGGACACUGCAUCUGAUUCAAAACAUGACGUUGAGGUGACACUCGAUAAAACACCACGGACAUCAGUCAAGGAAGGAAAAGCAGAAGUGCUGUUCCCAUCCACGCAUGAUGUCUUUUACAAUCCCGUUCAAGAAUUCAACAGGGACAUGAGUGUGGCUGUCAUACAAGAGUUCAUCAAUAUUCGCCGAGAAGAACAGCAGUCCGAUCUGGGAUCCAGUACAGAUGCCGGUGAAUACAAGGUUACUAUAUUAGAAGCUCUUGCAGCGUCAGGUUUGCGGUCGAUUCGCUAUGCCCUGGAGAUUGACGGCGUGGAGCGCAUUUUGGCAAAUGACUAUUCGCGUCAAGCUGUGGAGAGCAUGCGUGCUAAUAUUGAACACAAUAAUGUGGCGCACCUUGUUGAACCAAACGAAGGGGAAGCAGCGUUGCUGAUGCACAAAUACAAGUCCAGCAGAUUUGAUGUGGUGGACCUUGACCCAUAUGGAAGUCCAGCUCCAUUUUUGGAUUCGGCAGUCCAGGCUGUUAAAGAUAAAGGUUUACUGCUGGUGACAUGCACAGACAUGGCCGUGCUAUGUGGCAACGCCAGUGAAACUUGUCGGGCAAAGUACGGAUCAGUCUCUCUCAAAACCAAGUGCUGUCAUGAAUUGGCCCUGAGGAUCAUCUUGCAAAGCAUUGAAUCUCAUGCCAACCGCUACGGGAGGUAUACUGUUCCACUUCUGUCCCUGAGUGCGGACUUCUACGUGAGAGUAUUUGUGAGAGUCUACACGGGCCCUGCUAUGGUUAAGAAAUCCACGAGCAAACUGGGCAUGGUGUACCUGUGCAGUGGCUGUGAAAGCUUCUCAUUUCAGCCUCUUGGGAGAUGCAUAGAGAAGGGAAAGAGCGUGAAAUUCAAGCCGGCGCAAGGUCCUCCUGUCGGAACCAACUGUCCGCACUGCAGCCACUCCCAACACCUUGGUGGACCAAUCUGGUUGGAUCCACUACAUGACAAAGGUUUCGUACAGCGUCUCAUCACCAGCAUUGGCAGCAAGGCCCACCUGUACGGCACGUCAAGACGCAUGCUCGGAGUGUUGCACGUCCUUGCCGAGGAGCUCGAUGUUCCGCUGUACUACAUUCUAGACCGGCUGACAUCGGUGGUGCAUGUGACAACACCAAACAUGCUUCAGGCCAGGUCAGCACUGCUGAAUGCUGGCCACAAGGUGUCGCUGUCGCAUGCUGCCAAAAAUUCGUUGAAGACUGACGCACCUGCAGAGUUUAUCUGGGAUAUGAUGAGGACGUGGAAGAAACAGCAUCCUUCAGCAAGGCCACUGGAAACUGGCACACCUGGAGAGGUCAUCAUGCGGUCUGAAUCAAAGGCGAGCGUCGACUUUGCCCUUCACCCAGAGGCAAACCCAGAGUCACGAGAAAAGCAGCUUUUGCGCUACCAGGUCAACCCUGAGCGUUACUGGGGUCCUAAGACAAGGGCAAAGACAAGCCUCUGGUCAGGUAAAGAGGAAGAGAAACGGGCCCGACGCCAGGGUAAGAGACAGCAAAGAAAUGGAUCCGCAGAGCUACCUCCACAAAAGAGGCCUUUGCAGGAGACAGAGAAAGUCAGUACAGGAGAGGAAGGUGACAGGUCUUCUGACACCUCAAAUAAAAGCUAAUGAACGUGGAACUUGUAAGCAACAUCUUUUGUUUUUAUUGUCACCUUUGGUGGAUAAAAGGAAAAUAUAAUUAUGUACAGCGAUCAAAAUAAUAAAAGUCAUAACAUUGGUUGUA